GUCCUACUCAGGGUAUUUUUUAAGUUAUCUAACGGAGGACAAGCAGGGUCAAAGCACAACAAAUGUCUUGGCAUCUUUUGCAGUAACCCGUAGGAAAAUACUGUAAGCCUGUAAGUGGACAGAAUGUUAGAACAUAACUACACAGAUGUUCAUGCUCUGCUGGUGUCCUGGUUGAAUCAGUAUCUUAACGGGACAUGGACAGCAGGAGCAGGACCGUAUGUAUCCCCACACCAGCCAUCAGUGCAUGUGAGCGGUUCUCCAGCUCGAGAUGAGGGUUAUGGCAUGAUCUACAUCUGUCUGAUGGUGGGCCUCUUUAGUUUCUUCACCUUUGGGAUCAUGUUCAGCUACAUUCGCUCGAAGAAGGUGGAGAACUCGCAGGAUCCAUAUCAUCAAUACAUAGCUAAAGACUGGGCCAGUCUAGCAUCUCCUGUGGUCAUCAGUAACCCAUCUGCUCUUGGACACCUUCCAGGAUACAGUGGAAGAGAUCAGGAAUGGGACUAGAUUACUG